GCACUACGGAGCGCACCACUGCACUCACUGUUUCUUAGCCUCUGAAGCGCAAUGCUCAGAGCUCAGUCCCUGACACUGCUCAUCUGCAGAAAUGAGUGACCAAGGAUUAUCUGGCCAAGAAACAACAAAGGAAACCUAUGGAGGCUAAAAGUCCCGUUUCCCUAACUGAUCAGGAGAUAACCCACGUGGAAUUAAACCUUAAAAAUGCCUCUCAAGAAUCUCUGAGCAAUGACAUGAGCCGCCACUGCAAAGAGAAGCUCACUGCUGGGAUCCUGGGACUCCUCUGCUUAAAAGUCACUAUGAUGGUCACAGUGACAAUCACUAUUUCCCCUAGUGUAAUACACCUGGAGAACAAUUCUUCCUUGGCAAGAACACAGAAAGAAGUCCACAACCUUUCUUCAGCAUAUCAUUGUGGUCGUUGUCCAAAUGAGUGGCUAAUAUUUUCCAACAAUUGUUAUUACUUUGGUGUGGAAAAGAAAAAUUGGACUGAGAGUUUGGCAUCCUGCACUUCUAAGAAGUCUAACCUGAUUUAUAUAGAUGAUGAGAAAGAAAUGAAAUUUCUAAGGUUCUCACGUUCAUCUUGGAUUGGCGUCUCCCGUUCUAGCAGAGAUCAUCCAUGGCUGUCGGUAAAUGGCUCAGCAUUCAAUAUGCAAGUAAAGCACUCAUCAUCUAAUGAAUCCAACUGUGUUUGGUUAUCCUUAUCUGGCUUUAUGGCAGAAAAUUGUGGAUCAUCACUCAGGUAUAAUUGCAAACAUAAAUUUUAAAAUUAAUAUACCUGAAUUCGUCAAGUAAUUUUCUAUUUCAUAAAAUGGAAAUUAUUAUUAUAUGGAUCUUAAAUUGAAUCAGAUGUGUUCUUCUAAUAACAAACUUAUUAAAAACUACUAUUGAAAUAUAUUAUUUAUACUACAAUGGAAGAAUGGUGCUUCUAUGUUUACUUCCUUUUGGUCAAAAAUAUAUUUGGGGCAUUCAGCUCUUUUAAAAAAUGACACGUGCUGAGUCCAUUUCUGUGACAUACCCAGAACAGACAAAAGCAUAGAGGCCAUGUGGACUGGAGGUUUUAAGAAACUAAUACAAUGAGAGAGUGAUGGACUCAGACAUGACCACUAGUUAAGACAGUGUUUCUUUUGCAAGUAGAAUAAACGUCAAAAAUUUGAUAAUUGUACCUCUAUGGAUGUACUAAAACCUCUGAUAAAUGGAUGUGUUAAUGGGUGAAUUAUAUGCUAUGUACAUUAAUUUCAAUAAAGCUGUUAAAUUUUUUU